CCAGCAAUGGCAGUCGUCACGUAGAUCGCAGCCCACAAGACUCCAGUGGCCGUAGCUGGCCCGCUCCCCUUCCCCAUGCAUGUGCUAUCCACUUACUUCUCUCUCUCUCUCUCUCUCUCUCUCUAUCCUGCUCUCCUCUGUGAAACCCUAGAACUUUCCUUCUCGGACGAACCAUGGCCGAUCGACCCGUAGCUCUUUUCCUCCCGACGGCGGCUCACAUCCUGCUGCUGCUCCUUUUAGCCGGCGCCGCGUCCAGGAGCGCGGCCGAUACAAACCUUGGCGACCUUGCGUCAAUGCAGGUCCUCGCCACCGCCCUCGGCGCUGACAAGGUCCUCGACUGGUCCGCCUCCGCCGACCCCUGCACCGCCUGGGCCGGCGUCGCCUGCUCCGACGGCCGCGUCACGGCCAUCCAGGUCGGCAACCGCAGCCUUGCUGGCUCCCUCCCUGCCGACGUCCGCAACCUCACCUCCCUCGUCCGGCUUGAGCUCCAGAACAACCGCCUCGCCGGGCCGCUCCCUUCCCUCGCUGGCCUCGCCUCCCUGCAGGUCCUCCUCUUCCACGGCAACCUCUUCUCCUCCAUUCCCCCCGACUUUUUCUCCGGCCUCUCCUCCCUCCAGGCCGUGUUCCUCGACGACAACCCCCUCGCUGCGUGGCCCCUUCCCGCCAGCCUCAGCGACGCCGCCGCCCUCGUCAACUUCUCUGCCAACAAUGCCAAUGUCUCCGGCCCCCUCCCGGACUUCCUCGCCACCGCCUUUCCCGGGCUCGACCACCUCGGCCUUGCCUUCAACCUCCUCUCUGGCCCCGUCCCUUCAGCUUUUGCGGCGGCUUCCUUCCGUUCGCUCUGGCUGAACAACCAGGUGGGACCGAGCCGCCUCAACGGCGGGAUCGCCUUCGUCGAGAACAUGACCGCCCUCGAGGAGCUCUGGCUCCAGUCCAACGGCUUCUCCGGGCCGCUUCCGGACUUCUCCGCCCUCACAAACCUGCGCAAUCUGGAGCUCCGGGAUAAUCAGCUCACCGGCGUCGUUCCCCGCUCCUUGGUCGAGCUGAAAUCGCUUUCCAAAGUUACGCUCACCAAUAACCUGCUGCAGGGGCCCGUGCCCGUCUUCCCGGAUUCUGUGACUCUAGACCUCGUCCCUGGAAGCGAGAGCUUUUGUCUGAAGUCAGCAGGGGAGUGCGACGACCGAGUCACACUCUUGCUAUCCAUCGCCAAAAGCUUCGGCUACCCGGAACGAUUCGCAGAGAAUUGGAAGGGGAACGACCCCUGCGGGUGGCUGGGCAUCAGCUGUGAUGCCGAUGGCAACAUCACUGUGAUCAAUUUCUCGAGGAUGAGCCUCAAUGGUACGAUCUCACCUGAUUUCAGUGCGUUCACCUCAUUGCAGAGGCUGCUGCUGCCGAAUAAUAAUCUCACGGAGACAAUUCCAUCCACGCUCACCAAUCUGACGUCGCUGAAGGAAUUGGACGUGUCCAACAACAUGCUCUGGGGGAAAAUUCCAAGCUUCAGCAAGAAUGUAUUGGUGAAGACUGGUGGGAAUGUGAAUAUGGGGAAGGAUGUUGCUCCGCCAGGUUCGGACUCUGGUUCUGCUCCUAAUGGUAGCGACUCAGCUCCAGCAGGGUCUGUUGAUGUGAGCGGCAAUAGCGGUGGGAAGGCUUCUUCUGGCUCUGUAGGUGUGAUUGCUGGUUCUGUGAUCGCUGUGGUUGCCGGUGUCAGCCUUGUUGGACUGUUGAGUUUCUGCUAUUACAAGAAGAAGCUGCAGAAUUCCGGGAGGGUUCAGAGUCCAAACACUACAGUCAUACACCCACGCCAUUCGGGGUCAGACCAGGACAUGGUGAAGAUCACCGUCGUUGGCUCAAGCAUGAACGGUGGCGCAACUGCCAGUGAAUCUUACAGCCAGGCGAGUAGUGGCCCGAGUGAUGUUCAUGUAGUCGAUGCAGGGAAUAUGGUGAUCUCUAUUCAGGUCCUUAGGAAUGUGACCAACAAUUUCAGUGAAGAGAACAUUCUGGGGCGUGGUGGAUUUGGUACGGUCUACAAGGGUGAGCUCCAUGAUGGCACCAAGAUUGCAGUCAAGAGGAUGGAGGCAGGCGUCAUGGGGACGAAGGGUCUGAAUGAAUUCAAAUCUGAGAUUGCAGUCCUCACGAAGGUCAGGCACCGGAAUUUGGUCUCGCUUCUCGGUUACUGUUUGGAUGGGAAUGAGAGACUGUUGGUCUAUGAGUACAUGCCUCAGGGGACGCUGAGUCGCCAUCUUCUGGACUGGAAGGAGGAAGGAUUGAAGCCUUUGGAAUGGAAAAAAAGGCUAAGCAUCGCACUGGAUGUGGCAAGGGGUGUGGAGUAUUUACACAAUUUGGCGCAUCAGAGCUUUAUCCACAGGGAUCUUAAGCCUUCCAACAUCCUUCUUGGGGAUGACAUGAAAGCUAAAGUUGCAGAUUUUGGCCUUGUCCGACUUGCACCAGAUGGGAAAGGUUGUUCUGUUGAAACAAGGCUGGCUGGUACCUUUGGUUAUCUAGCUCCAGAGUAUGCUGUGACCGGUCGUGUCACCACAAAAGCUGAUGUGUAUAGCUUCGGAGUGAUACUGAUGGAGCUGAUCACCGGUCGGAAGGCAUUGGACGAGAGCCAACCGGAGGAAAGUGUGCACCUGGUUACAUGGUUCCGCAGGAUGCAACUCAACAAGGACACAUUCCGAAAGGCCAUAGACCCAACCAUCGACCUCGACGAGGAGACCUUCACGAGCAUCAGCACCGUCGCAGAGCUUGCAGGCCACUGCUGUGGCAGAGAACCUCACCAGAGGCCGGAUAUGAGCCAUGCGGUCACCGUACUGGCAUCACUCGCGGAGCUAUGGAAGCCCUCCGAUCCCGACUCAGAAGACAGCUACGGGAUCGACCUCGACAUGUCACUCCCCCAAGCACUGAAGAAAUGGCAGGCAUUCGACGACAGCAGCCAUUUCGACGGAGCCACAUCAUCAUUCCUUGCGAGCUUGGACAACACCCAGACCAGCAUACCGACGAGGCCACCUGGCUUUGCGGAUUCCUUCACCUCAGCCGAUGGAAGAUAAAUCAGUCAUGAGAACCGCGUGUUCUCAGCUCUGUUCAUUCUUGUGUACUUGUGUUUGGCUUUGCUUUUGCUACUUCCCGUGUUGUGGCUCUCUGCCAUUCCUCCUCGUCAGCUGUGACGUCUGUACUCGCUCCCCUUAGUCGUUCCCUUUAAAUUACUUGCCUUUUUAGCAA